GAUGUCUCUCGUGCGGCUGAGUGCGGCCGUCUUCUGCCUGACUGCAUGGACCCCCUAUGUUGUCACCGUCGGGCCGCACGACGCAGCCCUCGAGUCGGACUUCCUGCAGGCCCUUGGCAGCGUCUCUGCACUGAGCGACGGCAUGCAUGACGCCGCCAUCAUGCCCGAUGAGCCCCAUAGCCACACGCACGACCACGGGCACACUCAUUCCCACGACCACGAUCACACUCAUUCCCACGACCACGGUCACGAGCAUGCCCACGAGCUGGAAGCCCACGAGGAGAAACCCCCCGAGGAGAAAAAGGGAGGCGGAAAGAAGGGCGUCAGCACAUUCAGUAAGCGAAACCAAGUGGAUAACGUCAUGGAGACGGAAGUCUGCACCGUGGGUUCAUCGCCCCUGCAGAUGCGCUGAUGGGCAUCCUUGCGACGACAGUUGCCGGGCUGGCCACUGCAGUGGGGGCGAGUCUGACCUUCUGCAUCAAAGGUAUACCAACCCACAAUGGAUUGCAUCUGAGACAGACAUGACAUUCCCUGCCCUCAUUCAUUGUGCCCGGCUUUGGUCAGAGUUCAACCCUUUGGUGUUUGCCGGCUGCGUGAGCCUGGGAGCCGGCGUGAUGCUCUACGUGGCCUUCCUCGAAAUCAUGUACUCAUACUAUCUGAUGCCUUCAUGUCUCCAUCCACCAUGUAAUGCUCUCUCGUAUAUAUGUCUGGUGUGUAUCUGUGCAGGCCCGAGGCGGCGGAGCACAUGGAUCUUGGAGGCGUCAAGGAGCCAUACGCAUCACUGUGAGUGACCUGAGCUGAGCUCGCCCUCAUGAACGAACCCAUCAGUAAUCUUGUCGUCUCUCAGUUACGUCUUCCUGCUGUUCUCCGUUGGGAUGAUCAUCACGCCCCUCCUCGAGUAUAUUCUCCACAGGUAAAGAUUAAUGGGAUCUCUGCUCCCUCACCACACACAUAUGUCUCUUCCUUCAUCUCUUGUGCUGCUGUGUGCUCACUGUGCUGUGCUACGUUGUGGUGCGUUGUGCAGGUUCCUGGGGUUCCAGUGCGCCGGCCACUCCCACGCCCAUGAGCAUGAUGAACAUAAACACGACCACCCCGAAGUGCCGGAGACCAUGAAACGGUGCGUACGGUCUCCAAACACUCGUCCAGACCACUGACUCCUUGAGCCGAAUGUGUGUGUGUGCAGCCUGUCGGCUUACGCCAAGCCCGGAAGCCGGACUGGGUCGAUUUGUUUCGACAUGAAGGCCGAGAGGCCCAGGCGGCGCACCAGCAUGUUUCAGGAGGGCAACGUCAACCCCCCUCUCGAGACAGAGAAGAAACACGACCAUGACCACGGCCACGCCCACGCCCACGACCACGCCCACGGUAAGUGAGCUGACAUCUCCCAGUGUGUGUAAAGGGCUAGAUGGGUGUGCAUUGGAUGGGUGUAGAUCACGGCGACAAGGGCAAGGGUCUGCAGCUCACCGGUAGGCAGACAGACAGACCAACGGUCGACAGUGAGUGUCUGACUAAUGUGUGCAUCGACCUUCCCACUCGUUGUCAAUUAAGGCAUCUUCACGGCCCUCGCCCUCGUCCUGCACAAGUAAAUGAGACAGACCGUCAGAGAGACAGACGCGACUGCAGCAUACGUGUGUGUGCAUCUCUCUCUCUCUCUGUGUGUGUGUGUCAGCUUCCCUGAGGGCAUCACCUCCUUCAUGGCUGCGGUGGCGUCUCCCGAGUUGGGCAUCGGUGUUGCCCUCGCCAUCGCUCUCCACAACGUACCCGCCGGCAUCGCCAUCGCCAUCCCCAUCGUAUGACACACACCACACCCCCCCCCACACACACACACAGAGAGAGAGAGAAGUGUGUGUGUGUGUGUGUGGGUGCAGUACUACGGGUCGGGCAGUGCCUGCAAGGCCUUCUGGAUCGCCUUCGCCGUGGGGGCCACUCAGGUCGGUCGACACACACACACACACAGAGAGACAGAGAGACGAACCAGUGUGUGUGUGUGUGUGUGAGUGCAGCCGCUGGCGGCAGUGCUGACGUAUUUGAUUUUGAUGCCGCACCUGUCGGUUUUGCUGUUUGGCUGUCUGUUCUCCUUCACUGUGGGGACGAUGGUGGCCAUCGCCGUCUUCGGCCUCAUCCCAUCGGCCUACUCAUACGACCCGGGUGCUCACACACACACAAAGACAGACAGAUGUGGCCAUGUGACCCACACACACAUGGGCUUUUGUGUGUGUGUGUGAGGUCAGGCAAUCGCGUGUCGUCGAUUUUGGUGUGCGUUGGGUGUGCCGUCAUGUGCUUCAGCUUCCUCCUAUUCAAACUCGUACACACACACACACACACAUGCACCUGUGGCCAUCUCCCUCUGUGUGUGCAGGUGGGCAAACCUCAUGUGCACAACUACGGCGACGAAGGCGCCCACGGUAAGUUGACGAGCACAGCCCAAACCAAACCACUCAGCCACUCCGUCGUUGUCUGUGUGCCCCUUUCCCUCACUCAGACCACAGCCACGGACACUCCCACGGACACAGCCACGGACACAGCCACGGACACAGCCACAGCCAUUAGGCGGCCACACCCAGAGACACCCAUAUACACAUAGACAUUCAGUUGUUCCUUUGACGCAGAGGGAGGGAGAGAGAGAGUUUCAUACGACAGGCCGGCGGCCAUUUGUGUGGACUGUGUGCCUGUGAGUGAGUGAGUAAAAUGCCGCACACCAAAGACGGCGGAGAGAAAUGGGAUGUGAGAAGACAGACAGACCGAGAUGGCCUGACUGACUGACUGCGUUGUUUUGCGUUCGGAUGGCCGAGGGAAAUGUCAGGACGGACAGACACGGCAGUGACUGACUGAUGGGCGAGAGACAACAGUGAGACAUGGGUUUGAUGAAGACAGUCAAACCAUUCGGCGGCUUUGUCUGACCGCUCCCAUAGAUU